AAUCCCAGUGUUUCAUCCUUUCCAUCUUCUCUCUCUUCCUCUACAAUGCACAAUGGAUCACUGCAUCAAUCAGAGUGAAUUUGCGACCAUCGCAUAACACAUACCACCAAUACUGGCUAUUUCACUGAUGGCAAAUCCGGUGGAGGUCGGGACUUUUUCGCACACGACCAUCGACAAAACCCGCUCUCAUGAAUCCCGCCGCCUCAUGAUAGGUACCGCCGGAUCCGCGUCCCACAAUGGGGGGAAACUUGUGGCUUCCUGGCGAGGUUGGCAUUUUGCGCGGGUGUAAACGGGACCCAAAGAUCAGUCCAAAGAAACAUGGAUUCCUCAUGUCAUUGACGGGUUUGCGAUUAUCAUGGCCCGUCAUCAUUGGCAUUACCAGGUUCCAGCUGGAAUCUCGACCCGAAUGGCCCAUCCACUCCAUCCUGCCUGGUUGGUCGCAGGCUGAAUUCAACAUUCCGGUUGCUCCAACCUCCGCUUCAAGCGUCAAAUCCCGGAGCAAAGAUGGCAGCUCUCCCGCCCGUUCGGGAUCACGUGAACUCGCGUUGGGUGAAGGCCGGCUUCGUGUGACCCGGCGCGUCAAGAACCUGGGGGAAUAUCUACCAUAA